CAUCUAUCCAUUGAAUUAUCCCACUUACAAAAAUAGUUCAAUUUUUUUAGCUAUUAUUAAGAUAUUUGAAAGAUCUUUUAAAAGGAUUUUCAAUAGAUUUAAUGGUACAAAAAUUAUUCCAGAGAUUUCACACCACUGUGUGAGUGUGAAAUUUGGUCUUUGGUGAGGCUUGCACCCUGGGAUGAUUUUUGCAUGAAAGGUCUGGAGAUUUUGGGUCUGGAGCUUCAGUCAAGACCAAUUUAUUGUGUCAGUCAAAAUCCAGGUCCAACAUUUAUGUUGCAACAUUAUUCUAGUGAGAUUUUUUUGGUGAGCAAUUCCAUGUAAAUGAAAGCUUGGGUUUACAGCUGGGUACUGUAGGAUAACUUGUACUGAAUACCUGUUCUUUGUUUGGUCCAGGUGUUGCAGUGCAGUUUGGAAAUUGCAUUGAAUUCUGUCACCUGCUGUCUUUGUAUGAGCAGCCUUGAGCAAUACCAUCGUUUUCUUGUAGCACUGAGCUAGAUGCUAACCAACUCUCUCCAAAGAAAUGCAGAGAGACAAACAAAAAUUAUGUUGAAGACAUAGCCAAUGAAGCUAUUAAUUUGCUGUGGAAUAUAUGUGAAUGCAACAAUACUGCUGUGUACAUAUUCAAUAAAGAAGGGUGUCUGGAGGCUGUGUUACAUUACAUGAAGAAAUUUUCCACAAAUGUGGAUCUGGCUAUUUCAGUAGCAAACUGCUUGCAGGCAGUGACAGAAGAUAAUCCAGACCUCCUUUCUUCAUUUAAUGCUUCUGCACAACAAGUAUUGGAAACAGUGCUGUUGUGUCCAGAGAGCACAAUGAAGCAUGUCCUUCUGAGAACACUGAUAGCAGGCACUAUUUGGAAUAUCAAGGAUACCAUUCCACCAGGCAGCCUGGGAAGCAUGGUUAAUGCAAUCCUGAAGAUUUUCUCAGAAUCAUUAGCAAUAGACGCUGGUGAAACAAUUAUUCGUAUGAAUGAAGCUGAAAAAAACAGGUUAAAACUUGCUGUGGAAGCAGAAACAGAGGAAAACAUGAGUGAUGUGGUGGACAACUGUGUUUUGAGUGAAGAUGAUAACAUGGAAGAAAUACCAAAAGGAAAACUCAGGAGGGAAAAUGAUGUUUCAGAUUUACUUCCAUCUGAUAAGUGGGAACUGAAAGAAGUGACAGCUUUACUGACGGCUCAGCAGACUGCUCUGGAAAUCAUUGUUAAUAUGUGCUGCAGUGAAGAUCCCUCUGAUGAUGAGUGGGAAGAACUGUCCAGCAGUGACGAAAGUGACUUGUUCAUGGAAAACUCAUACAAUGAAGGAGGGGGGCUGCUGAUGACACCCCUGUGCCUCUCUGAUGAGGUUCACUCAGCGUUUCUGAACAACCUCAUUCCAAAGAAGAUUCUUGAAAAAACUGCUUUUCCGAACAGUGUUGCUCUAGACAUCUGUAUGCACAAUCCGUCUUGGAAACCAUUAAUUAAAAAACUGAAUGCAGUGCAGUGUAGAGCUUUAACAUGUCUUCAUAGCAUUUUGUUAGUGUCAGAUGUGGAUUGUCUUGGAGGAGCUUCAGCACUUCAGUCCCUUGCACAGCAUCUCUCACAGUUGAUCUUUUCUAAAACAGAACUCCCUGCAGACACUGAAUUCCUGGAAGCCGUAACCAGUGCUUUGAGGGCUCUCCUACAAACAAUGGCAUCAAAGAACAUCUCCCAGUGUAUGACUCCUGAGCAGCUGUUGGCUUUAUGUGAAGCUGGUAUUCACAGCAGCAAUGCCAGUGUUAGAGUGAACGUAGUGAGCAUCCUUGGAAUUUCUGGCAGCGUCUUGGCAAAAGGACAAGAUACAGCUGAAACACUAAAGAUGAUUGGAAAAUUUCUUCUUGAAGUUGCUAUGAAGGAAUCUUCUCUUGUGGUAGCAGGGGAAGCCUUGGAUGCACUUUUUGAUGUAUUUGCAGAUGGUAAAGAAGCAGAAAAGGCGGCGGUGCAGAUCAAGUUGCUUCCAACACUGAAGGAAUUUCAGCCAGUGUUCAGAACAAGGAUGCGAAAAGAAGGCAAAGGACAAUGUAGUACAGAUCAACUGUGUGUUCUUGACAAUGUGAGGAUGAAUUUGAGAAGAUUCAUUGCAUAUCAGGAGACACUAGGGAAAACUCCAACUUGAAACAUCGAGGAACUUUUAAGGUUUCCCUUAUUGAGUAAUGUUUUCAAAAAAUAUAACCAUUUUGAACUUCUAAAA